UUUUUCAAAAACUGUAAUUCCCACUUUUUUUUUUUACCAAUUUACAACCGCAUAGAAUUAUAUAUUUAUAUACAAUUAUACAUACAGUUUUAUUGCGUCAAGCUAUCUCUUUUCUUGUUGUGUUGCAGCUGAACCCCAUUGAAAUUUGACCCGGAGAAAUACAAUUCAUCUAUCUUCUGGGUUCUUCAAAUCUUACAAUUUUCAGAUCUUCUUGGAUUGAGGUCAAGGGGUUCAAGCUGCUUAAUUAAGGUUAAAACAGAUUCAAUCUCAACUUAAAAAGGAAGAGUUUGUAGAAGAAAAUGACAAUAGUGACACAAGAAAAUAAUAGAUCAAGGAAGAACAAGAAUUCAAUCAGUGAUCCGCAGGAACCUUUGUUACCUACCAAGCAUGAGGAAGAUGUUGGUUUUGACGAGUUUAACGGGGCUUCGUUUACUGGAGCUGUUUUUAAUUUGUCCACCACUGUUGUUGGUGCUGGAAUUAUGUCAUUGCCUGCGACUAUGAAGGUUUUGGGUUUGGUUCCGGGGAUUCUUGUGAUCAUUUUUAUGGCAUUCUUGACGGAGGCUUCUAUUGAGAUGCUAAUCAGGUUUAGUAAGGUCGGGAAGUCAUCUUCUUAUGGAGGUCUUAUGAAUGAUGCAUUCGGAAAGUACGGAAGGAUGGUGCUGCAAAUAUGUGUUUUAGUUAAUAACAUUGGUGUACUUGUUGUGUACAUGAUUAUCAUAGGUGAUGUUCUUUCGGGAACAACCGCUGAUGGAGUUCACCAUGCUGGUGUUCUGGAAGGAUGGUUUGGAGUGCAGUGGUGGAAUGCUCGUACUAUUGUCCUCCUUAUCACAACCCUUGUGGUUUUUGUUCCAUUGGCUUGUUUAAAGCGUAUAGAUUCAUUGAGAUAUACAUCUGCAUUAUCAGUGGCACUUGCAGUUGUGUUCCUUGUUGUCACAGCAGGAAUCACAAUUUUCAAGUUAAUAAGUGGAAGCAUUAUGAUGCCCAGAUUGCUACCUGAAGUUACUGAUGUCACAUCUGUGUUUAAACUAUUCACUGUAGUACCUGUUCUUGUUACUGCAUACAUCUGUCACUACAAUGUUCACACAAUAGAAAAUGAACUUGAAGACAGGACAAAGAUAAAAGCAGUUGUCCGUACCUCGCUUGUUCUCUGCUCAUCCGUGUAUGUAAUGACAAGCCUCUUUGGGUUUCUUUUAUUUGGUGAUGAAACUCUUGAUGAUGUGCUUGCCAACUUCGACACAAAUCUAGGAGUUCCAUAUAGCUACUUGCUUAAUGAUGCAGUUCGUGUUAGUUAUGCUGCACAUUUGAUGCUUGUCUUUCCCAUUGUUUUCUUCCCGCUAAGAUUAAACCUGGAUGGGCUCUUUUUCCCUUCUGCCAGACCUUUGGUUUCCGACAAUAUAAGAUUUGCAUCGAUCAGCUUUGGCCUAAUUGCUCUUAUUUUCUUGGGUGCAAAUUUCAUACCUAGCAUCUGGGACGCAUUCCAGUUCACGGGGGCCACUGCUGCAGUUUGUAUAGGUUUCAUCUUUCCUGCUGCAGUUACUCUUGCGGAUCGUCAUAAAAUAGCUACAAAGAAGGACAAGAUCUUGUGUGUCUUCAUGAUUGUCCUUGCUGUCUUCUCUAACCUGGUAGCUAUUUACAGUGAUGCUUAUGCAUUGCUCAAGAGAAAUGAAUCACCACGGGAGUGAUCUCUGUUCUUUACAUGACAGCAUCGGCAGGAUUGUUUUGUGGAAUCAAGAGCUCGGGUUUCUGAAUUUUUGCCAAGUCAGAGUUUUCAUAGAAAAGCAUAUGAUCACUGUUGAAGUCACUACUGCUUUUUGGAAACUGUAUAUAGGUUUAUGCCUUGGAUACAUUUCUCCUAGUUUGCUACCUGGUGUGUUGAUUUCUUGUUGUAUGAUAGUAUAUUAUUGUCAAUACAGGCAAUAGAAAUAACAAGAAAGCUGCCUCUGGUUCAAGAUUGAAACCCUUGUGCUCUUCUUGAUACUACUGUAAAUCUCAUAGUCUAUGUAUUUCAAAUUUGCUGGUGAUGUUAAAUGUACAAGUAUUACUAAAAAUAUAAAUAUUCUAUUUUUUGGUAA